UGAAUCAUCCUGGUGAGAACUGAGAGUGAGCAAUCUCUGGAGAUGGCAGUGGGGCAGGUUGCUGGCAGCCCCAGGCUGGGUGGUAGUUGUGGGGGAGCCUCCUUGUCCUUGUCCUGUUUGGGUAUGUCCUUGUGGCUGAAUUAGGGGCUGAGGGACAGCAGCUGCAUGCAGACUUGACCCCUGGUCCUAAGAGCAGUACCUUCCCAGAUCCUUGGGGGAAUUAGGGAGUAAUUAAAUAGUUAGGGUUGGAAGAUCAUCUUCUCCAACCUCCUGCAAUGGGAAGAGGUGUCUUGAAAAAGACCAGAUUGCUAAGAGCCUCACCCAGCCUGACCUUGAACACUUCCAGGGAUGGAGCAGCCACAACUUCUCUGGGCAACCUGUGCCAGGGCCUCACCAUCCUCAGUGUAAAAAUUCCAUCCUUCUACCUAGUCAGAACCUACCUUCUCUAAAUUUAAAAUCAUCACUGCGAUAGGCCCUGCUGGAAAGUUUGUCCCCCUCUUUCUUAGAAACCUCUUUUAGCUAAUGGCAGGUGCUCUAAGAGAUCAAAAGGGGCUCUCAUCUCCAGGUGAACCCCCCAGCUCUCCCAGCCUGGCUCCAGAGCAGAGGAGCUCCAGCCCUUGGAGCAUCUCCGUGUCUUCCUCCAGCAGGUGCAAGCAGCAGGAGCUGGAGCUCCUUCUCCAGGGUGUGAUGAGGAGAUGCAUGUCUCCUCUUUGGCAUCAAAAGCCACCACAAAAAAGUUUUGGGGAGCCAGCCUCGGGCUGGUGCCUCACCCUGGGAGCGUGGCAGACCCUGCACCCCCCGAGGGAGACAGGAUACUUUAUUUCCUCGGCAGCCAGGCUCUCGGCCAAGCAUCCCUCGGCACCGUGCUCCCGACUCUUCCCGCUCCCAUCUUAAUAACUGUAAAGAUCGGGGUUGCCAAGGUCUUCCCGUUGCUAUAGUGAGAUUAGAUAGGGCAGAGCGCUGCAUUCCCUCUGCUGAGGGCAGAAAUCACUCCCAUCCCUUCCCCGGGCUUCACCAGCCAGGUUUUUUGUUUUUUUUUUUUAUCCACCAGCAGCUGCUAAUUGCACCUGAAAGACACGCCACGUAUUUCGCUGCAAUUAAUACUUCAUAGCUUUAAAAAAAAAAAAGAAAAAAAAAAAGAAAAAUUUAAUUAUCGAGGCAUUUUCUCCUGGAACCAACUUAAAGAGACUCUCCGGCUGGAACGAGUUUACAGCGCUAAACUGAGAAGUUAAAAUAUUUAUCUUCAUAAACACGUCACUCGAGCCGUGCUAUUCCUUGCAGGGUCAUUAGCAAGAGGCACGCUAGUCCAAUCAGAAGGUGCCUGGGAGACAGAGAUUUGCCUUUUGCUUCUGGGCGGGGUUAGGAGAUGAUUUAUUAAACGAAUUUGAGAGCUGUGAGUCUGGCCAGAGCUCUGAGUCAAACUGCUGUAGGAAAAAAAAAAAAAUCCCACCAGCUGGAGCUUUUGCGGGCAGAAGAUGGGGUGCAGUCAUUUCGGUACUGUUGGUUGUUUGCUGAUUUGGGGGUGUCCUCCCCAAAACCUCCUGAGGACGUACAGCAACUGAUCCAGGGAGCCGCCACAUUGCAGGAGGGAAAUUACGGGUUACUGGGCCAGACUGUGCAGCCGGUGACGUCUGUGGGGCUUUGAUGCCCCGGGCAGAAUUCGGUCAAUGAUGCAUUGCUAAGUGCAGGUGCUCGGCAGCAGCCUGACCUCAGCCCUGGAGCUCUUCGUUAUCCCAAGCCUGGAUUUCACAGGGAAUUUGCAAGCCCUGAGACUUGCCUCAAAUCGUUUGCUCCAAGACUGACCCUGCUGAGAGCCCCUGAGAUACUGAACUCUAUGAGUGGAGACCACUUGACUGCACUCAGCACCUUUCAGGAUCAGGUUCUAGGAAAUGGUCAGAGGAGCGAAGGGAGCGUCACCAUUUUGAAACAAAACCAAGGGUACUGGGCACUAGAUGAGAAUAUGGCCAAUGGCAUUGAAGACCUGAUCGGGAUCCCAUUCCCGAACCACAGCAGCGAGGUGCUGUGCGGCCUGAACGAGCAGCGGCACGACGGGCUCCUCUGCGAUGUCAUCCUCAUCGUCCAGGACCAGGAGUACCGCACCCACCGCUCCGUGCUGGCCGCCUGCAGCAAGUACUUCAAAAAACUCUUCACUACCGGCACUUUAACGGACCAGCCCUAUGUUUACGAGAUUGACUUUGUCAAGCCUGAAGCACUUUCCGCCAUCCUCGAGUUCGCCUACACCUCAACGCUCACCAUCACCACCUCCAACGUCAAGCACAUCCUCAGCGCCGCCAAGAUGCUGGAGAUCCAGAGCAUCAUCAACGUCUGCCUUGAGAUCAUGGAGCCCGACAGGGAGGCCGAGGAGGAGGAUGACAAAGAGGACGACGACGACGAUGAGGACGAAGACGAAGACGAGGAGGAGGAGGAGGAGGAGGAAGUGGAAGAUUUUGUCAAUCAGGAGAACCUAGCUGACGUGCAAGAAGUAAGCUGCCACCAAAGCCCUUCCGAGUCCGAGCUCACCGAAGAAGCUUAUACUGAAGCACCUAAAGAUUUUCCAAAUCACUUCCCAGCCAGUAACUCCUCUGGACACUUGGGCAUGAUACGAGACUUCUCCAUAGAGUCCUUGCUGAGUGAAAACUUGUACCCCAAGGCAAACAUCCCCGAGAGGAGGCCAGCUCUGUCCCCUUUCGCCCCCAGCUUCUUCCCCCACCUGUGGAACGGCGACUUUAACUCCUUCUCCCAGCUCGAGGAGCCACAAGUAGACAACGGCCCCUUGGAUCUGGUGAUCAAGAAGAGGAAGAUCAAGGAAGAGGAGGAGAAGGAAGAUGUGCCUCCGCCUCCUUUCCCUAAUGACUUCUUCAAGGACAUGUUUGCCAACACCCCAGCAGCUCCCUUAGGGCACAUUAAGGCAGAGACUGACUACAGUGCUUAUCUCAAUUUCUUAAGUGCUACCCAGUUCGGAGGAGUUUUUCCCCCGUGGCCCCUGGAGGAAGAGAGGAAAAUAAAGCCCAAGGCGUCCCAGCAGUGUCCCAUCUGUAACAAAGUCAUCAUGGGAGCCGGCAAGCUGCCCAGGCACAUGAGGACCCACACGGGGGAGAAGCCCUAUAUGUGCAAUAUCUGUGAAGUUCGCUUUACCAGGCAGGACAAGCUCAAAAUCCACAUGCGCAAGCACACGGGCGAGCGGCCGUACCUGUGCAUCCACUGCAACGCCAAGUUCGUGCACAACUACGACCUGAAGAACCACAUGCGCAUCCACACGGGCAUCCGGCCCUACCAGUGCGAGUUCUGCUACAAGAGCUUCACCCGCUCCGACCACCUGCACCGCCACAUCAAGCGCCAGAGCUGCCGCGUGGCGCGGCCCCGGCGCGGCCGCAAGCCGGCGGCGUGGCGGGCGGCCGGCCUGCUCUUCGCGCCCGGCGGCGCGCCCGUGGACGGCGGCUUCGUCGUGCCGCCCGCGCUGGAGGAGGUGAGCGGCCACCUGGGCGGCGCCGCCGUGUGCCUCCCCGGGCCCAGCCCCAAACACUUCCUGAGCGGGGCCAAGGCGCCCUUCAGCCUGCAGGAGCUGGAGAGCCAGAUCGAGGAGACGCAGAUGAAGCUCUUCCGGCGGGCGCAGAUGGACAUGGAGAGGAACGCGGGCAUCUUCGCCUUCGCCCUGGGCCACAACGAAAGCCUGGCCGCCCAGCCCUUCUUCCCUCUCCCCGACCCUUGGAGCACAGGCUUCAGUGGCUUGGCGGGGCUGGGCCACGUGGCUCCCAUCUCGGAGUCCGGCAACUAAACCCAACGCCCGGCCCCGCCGUGCGUCUGCUCCCGUCCCAGCAAGGCAGCCCGCUCCCCUGGGCUCCCUCCUGCCCCUCUGCAUCAUCAGGGUCCCCAAAAGCUCCUCACCCUCUCGCUGGCACGGGGGCACCCCGGGGCGGGCAGGGCGCGGGCAGGCGCCGUGCCCCGUGGCCACCGGCACUUUAGACUCCGCGCUCGGCUCCGGGGCUGUCGGGCGCUCGCUGUCCUGUCCCACCACUCAUGGCUCCGUCUGGGAAGGCCAGGCCAGGGCUGCUGCUCUCCUCAACACCCCCGAAAAUGUCACUUGCCUUAGUCCAGGGCUCGGACGUCACCGUGAGGUGGCUUUUCUGUGGGAAAUGUUGCCCAUUUCCCCACACGCGGAGCUCACUGGACACUGACAAGCCGUCCAGACCUGGGUUUGUUAUGUUGCAUUCCUUGGCCCUUCUGGUCAAAAGGACUUUUCUGUUUCCUUUCUGUUUUUGUUUUCUUUUCUUAAUUAAUUCCCAUGUCUGGCAACAAUAUUUAUUCUACAAGGGAUAAAGGGGACAUCUAGCAGCCUUGCUGAGAGAGGGAGAGAGGGAGGAUCCUGGCCACUGCCUUUCUCAGCAGUAUAUCAGAUUUACAGGGCUGGUGAAAGCCCUGAUCUGCAGCAUGAGUUGGGACCUUAAAAAAUAAAAAAAAAAAAUUAAAAAAGGAGAUAGAACACCUAGCGCAAAGCUGGGUGGAAAAGGGGGAUUUUACUUAUUUUGGUUCUUUAGCUAUUUCAAAGUUUCAAACGGAGAACCAAAGCCUAUUUUGAGUAUUUUAACUUCAGUUGCUUGAAAAGGUGAAGGAAAAGUUUUGGAAGAAUCAGUAAUGUUUCGAUACUGAGCUUUUAUUAAACCCUUGCUUUGAAAAAAUGAACCAGUGGGAAUUUUGAAAUGAAAAAGUCGUUUCAAACCAAAGAGUCAGAAUUCGCUGCCGCUGACCAGUCUGAAAUGUCUGGGGUUCUUUCCUUAAUUCCCUCGAAUUCUUAUGUGAUAGUGAUGAGAGAAAUUCACAAAACACUCACGUGUCCCCAAAUCUGCAGUGUUGAUGAGAAAAAAUCGGGUGUGCAAAUAUCCCUGCCGCUUGUCUCCAGGGAUCUUUGUGGAAAAGAAUUUCACUAAAGGUGUCUUGAUGGUGAUACCAUCUACUUGCAAGAGUGUAGAAAUGCUGUUUCUUGACUGCAGUUGGUUCAGAAGAGAAGGUGGUGACAAACAACAGGGUACUCCAAGCCUGAGGUCACCCAUGGUGGCCAGCAGGUUUAGGGUGAUUCCUCAGCAUCCCUACAGUCCCCAUCUCGGCCACCCUGUCUGGUAAUUCCUUUGGGAUUAAAAAAGUGGCUGAUUGGCUGGAAUUGCCCUGCCCACCUCCUGCAGCCCCAAACCCUUGAGCUGCUCUGAGGGAAAAAGGCUUUUAGGGCCACCUGCCUCUCGUGGCUCCUCCUAGAUGGGAGGAGUCAUGGGGGGCAGACACGGUGGGAUCCCCGUUCCACCACUGGCCCAGGUGGGUUGCAGCAGUUUCACACAAAACCAGAAAUAUAAAUGUUGCAAAUUAGGGCUUUUUAUUUCUCUUUUUCCUAUGACCUUUCAACGUCAGCGAAGCUGAAGGGAACGCGAGGACCACGGGUUCAUGAGUUUUUUGGUUUUUCCAUCAGUGGAAAAGAUGAGAAUCUGCCCACCAGAGGCAAGGAGGGGGACACAGGGAGUCCAGGGUUCCACAGCCCCCAGGAGGGCGUGAGGGGCUUCUGCUCUGAGACCACCCACGGCAGAAUGGUCCUGGGGAACUGCCCAACACUCGGCUUGCCCCUCCAAAAAGAAACCCACAAAGACUCCACGUGCAACAAAAGGCAAUGGAGAGAAAAAAAGAAAGUAAGAAGAGAAAGAGAUCUUCUUAGAACUGCAUCAAACUUUUUCUUUUUAAUCCACAUCAACUUCUUAAACAAGCGACGUUUUGCAGAUGAUUGGUUCCUUCAGGUGGUUUUUUUUUUUUAUUGUCUACAAUUUGGAGUCAUUGUAAAAUAUCCAAAGAUGCUGAGUACUGUAUGAUCUGCAAGGACUUGAAGCAAGGUGUUUUUUCUGUCUCGGUUUGUUUGUUAGGUCAGUUGGGUUCUUUUUUUUUUUUUUUUUCCUAUAUGUCUAAGUGGGGAUAAACCUUUGCAAUUUUUCUAUUUAUAACUAUUUUUAUGUGAUUGCUUUAUGUACAAAACAAUGGAAAAAAAAUCAAAACAAAAAAGUAGAGAGGAACACACACAUACACAAACAAAUUUGCCUUAGUUACUCACGGGACAAUCACCCUUAACUUUGAUUGAUGCUAAAAAGCGGAUGGAAAAAAAGAGACUAGAUCAUUUUAUGUAUUUAUUAAACUGUAUUAAUUGAUGCUUUUAAAUUAUUAGCAGGACUUGAUUCUCUUGCCUGUGGCCGUGGUGAGAAGGCAAAGCCGCUGCAGUUGCUGAGCUGCCGGCACAGCCAUCGGUGUGGCCUCAGCUCUGUGGAUGUUUGCCUGACACCUUUUGGAGAGCCAGAGUAAUCACUCACUAAUUAAACAUUGAGCUGGUGUGGGCUCCAGCCCAAGGGGCUGCUGGUGCUGUGAUGCUGAUGACAAUUGUGGAGUUAAGGUUGAUUUUCCCGCGUUGGCGCUGGGUUGGGUAGGGCUGGAGGGAGCUGAGUGCUGGCAGUGAUCAUGUUUUGGGGUGUAGAGGGAUGAGUAGAGAAAACCCUGUUUCCUCCUGUUUUGAUGUUGUGUGGUGGGUCCAGGCCACAGGUAUCCACAUGGGAGCCCAGCUGAGUGUGAAGGUGCCUUCCUGGGGAUCUGCUCCUGUUUCCCAACCAGGACGGGUGUAAUGAGCACCAAACCUCGGGCUGGAGGGACAGAACUCGUGUCUCACUCACGGUGUGGGGGCUGCUUGUUCAUCUCACCCUGGCUCCUGCAGCCUGGCUGCAGCAGGGGCAGCGUGGGCAGCAGGGGAGGGGAUUCUGCCCCUGUGCCCAGGUGAGACCCCACCUGCAGAGCUGCUCCAGCCCUGCCUCCAGCAGCACAAGGACGUGGAGCUGCUGCAGCCAGGGCAGAGGAGGGCACGGAGCUGCUGCCAGGGCUGGAGCCCCUCUGCUCUGCAGCCAGCCUGGCACACCUGGGGCUCUGCCCUGCACAAGAGAAGGCUCCAGGGAGAGCUGCCAGCCCUGCCAGGGCCUAAAAGCAGUUUAGGAGGAAGAUGGGGCAAGCAUUUUAGCAGGGCCUAUUGUGAUUUUAAACUAAAAGAGAGGAGAUUCAGUCUAGAUAGAAGGAAGAAAUUUUUUGCAGUGAGUGUAGCAUUGUGCUACUGCAUGUCCCUGAGAGCAACCAGCACCUCCAGGGUUUGGUGCACUCUGCUAAUAAAGGGCUGAGGAUAAAGGUGAGGAGACAGGGCCCCAUUUGGAAAUCCAAAAUGUUUAUUUUGCAUUGUGGGUACAGCCUCAUUGUACACCAGGGAUGAGAGGCAAACAUAGGCCAAGGAUCCAGGGUAAUAUACAGAUAAAGGGUGCCUCUGAGGGUCAGGGUCCAACAGGGAUAGGGAGACAUGGGGCAGAGAUGUGGCCAGGAACCAGGGGCACUAAUAGGAUCACAGGGGUGUGGUACUGCUGCAAAAUUAACCCAGUGGGAUCCAGGGGAAGGGAGAACAUUCUGGCAGGUGUGCAUAUAUGGUAACUGGGUGACAUAAACAUCACAAACCAAUGAAAGUAUGAAACCUAAGAAAUAUUAACAUGUGUCUGCAGAGGCCCAUGGGAGGAAAGUUCUUCUCACCCUGAUCUAAAAGGGUAUCUCCCAUAACUGAGGGUGGCAAAACACUGAAACAAGUUGCCCACAAAGGUGGUGACUGCCCCUGGAUCCCUGGCAGUGUCCAAGACCAGGUUGGUCAGGGCUUGAAGCACCCUGGGAUAGUGGCAGGUGUCCCUGCCCAUGGCAGGGGUGGAUCUGAAAAACCCCUAAAGUUUCCUUGGAGCUCAAAUCUUCUGAUGAUUCUAUGAUUAUGUGAACACAACUGACACAAACAUGAGCCCUGUAAUUCAUGUGGCUGCUCAGAAAUUGCAGAUUUCCCUUGUUGUUUCUGAAUGAGAUGCAAAAGUUUGGAAAAUAAGCUCCAGGUAGGAAUGGUGGGACUUGUCCCACACUGCUCAGCCAUUUGGAAAUGAAGCACAGGUACCCUGUGGCUGCUGAGACACCUGCAUGUUGUCCUGCCACCUGCAACGUGAUUCCCAGCCUUCCUGCUCUGGAGGGAGGCAGGUGCUGGUGGAGGGUGAUUCACCCCACCCACGCUGGACCUCCCAGGGGUGGGAUGAAUCACUUUGGGCACCUCUCUGCUACCUACCAGCGUGCUGUGCUUUCCCAUGGCUCACUGAGAGAAGGGUAACCCCGGGGAGGGAUGUUCCCACCACCCCCGCUCCCUCCCCUCUGCUCAGCUCGUGGGGCAGUCCCUGGAAAAGCCUCUCCCAACAGGAUGGGAUGCUGGGACAGCCCAGGACCCAGGGCAGGCAGCUUGAUUUCUUCCCAGCCUGUUCUAACUGAGAAUGCAAAGGGAAAUACAGGUCUGGGUCAAGCCUCCCAAGCCUGGGGACCGAGGAUUCAGGCUCAGGGUCAUACACCCUGCUGCAAUCCUGGUAAAACACCCCAAGUUCUUGCAGCCACAGGUCAUUUUCCUUCCUUUGGAGAAGGACUCCACAGCAUCAGAUGCUUGGGCAGGGGUCCAGAUCUGCAGGCAGAGUCCAGAAAUGUGAGUUGGGAACAGAGAAAUACCAAUCCCCCCUCCCAGGGCAGGUGGUCAGUUGUUGAGCAGCUACUCUGUGCUUGGAGCUGCAGGACCAUGGCAGAGUCAGCCCAUAAACUCUGUGUUUCUGAGCACAAAAAUAUCCUCAAAAUGAAAAUCGUGUGAAUUACUUUUUAGCUAUUUAAAUACAUCUAUAGCUUCUUCUUUUCAGGUCUAGAGGCUUUUAACCCCAUUUUAUGCUCACAUUCUGGCUUGCUUAUAGUGCCAGAACAACAAUAACAACAACAAAAAAAGAAGAGAUAGAUUUGCAAGGGGAGGAUGAAAAAAAAUCUAAAAAUCGCUCUGAGGAGCUGUGCAUUAAUCAGGCACAUGGGAAUCACGGGAAGAAACCAGCUUCAGUAAAUGCUUGUUAGUAACAGCAUAUGGCUGCAUGCUUGCUCCUGAACAGCUGCUGUGGUCUGCUGGAGCAUCCAGGCUGCAGAGGGGGAGCAGCACGGGGGUGAUGCUGCGCAGGCAGCGUUGCCUGGACCAGGUGUUCUGCCAAAGGAGCAUCUCCUGGCACGAGGAGCAGGGAGCUGGGGGGGCAAACCCUUUCCCUGGGCUCCAGACCCUUCCGUGAGCAUUGCAAGAGCCUCUUCCUGCAGUUAUGCAGAAGGAAUUUACAUGCAGGAAAAAAAAAAUGUUUGUGUUUUAAGAAGGGGAGAAAGAGCCUGCAGUUUGAGAAGUGAGAGGCUUUUCCAUUUGGCAGUCACCUGCAGGGGGGGACAAAAAAAAAAAAAGGAGAAUAAUUUCCCAAAGUACAGCCUAAAAUGUUUUAGACUUGAAUGUGUCAGCAGGACUCCUGGCAGCACCAGUGAGCUGCAAAGGCUGCCCAGUCUCUGCUCUGCCUGCAGCUCCCUGGAACCUGCUAUGCCCCCAUCCGUUUUGGAGGGGAUUAGUGCUUUAUUUACAGUCCUGAAGCUGGAAUAUUGUGUGGUUGCAGAGGAGACUUUUAAGGUAAGAGAGUACAUGAAGAAAGACCCUCAACCAUCUCGUUUUAACAAAAUGCUGUGCUUGGCAGCAGGUCACCCAUGGCUGGGUUUUUAAGACCUGCCAUUGCCUUUUGGUACCUCUGACUGUGUGCACCUGCGUUUCUUUGUGAGCCAAAACCAAACAGGGAAGAGCUGAGAAAAAUCCCUCCUUGUAGAAGAUACACCCCAUGUAGUCUGAGCCUGAGUGAACUCACCCCCAUCCCUCCUCCCAGCCCCACCUCUGGGAUCUCCAGCAGAGGGAGAGAAAAUACCUGUGGCUUGGAAAUACCUUUUUCCCCCUGUGUUUUCCUAUGUUGAACCGAUGUUUUACAUGACUUGCACUAUUUGCUGUAGGGCAGGAUACUGUUUAGGUUUCUUUGUUCCAGUCUCUUGUUUGGUUGCGACUCCUCUUGGCGGUCCUGUACACGUACCUGCUGCACAUCUUACACCCCUGGAGAAAAUAAACUGUUACCUGAA